AUGAGUAUCCAUGCUUUGGAUACCUUGAGUCCCGAUCUCUCCUUGGUGUCUUCUGCGCAAUACCUCAGAGCGUGGCGCAAAUUUGUCGAGAGAAUACCGCGCUUUUUGGGAGAGACGGUAGCGGUCGAUGCACUGCCGCUCGCGUCUUUUCAGCUUUCCACUCUCAAAGCAGAGUAUCUCAAUCAAGUUCCGGGCUCCAAGUUGAUCUCAACGGUUAAAGAAGUCAAGUUUUCUGAUAUUUUGGCCGAAUUCCUCUUUCCGCGGCAUGAGCGGCCUGCAUUAGACAAAGAGCAACGAGCCAAGCGCAUCAACGAAAUAUACGCUCAGCGACCCACAUUUGACGAGACCGAGUUCACUGUUGGAGAUCUGAAGGCAUUCUUCAGGCGCAUCAUGCCUGAAGUGCAGGCUGAUCGCUUCGAAUUUCUAUACGCUGGGCGCAAUCUCUGGAUACCUGACAGCUUCACGAUUCUCUCUGUGUGGACGGACCCAACACGCUACACUGCAUAUGCAAGUGACAUAUCUCUCAGCCUCGGUCUCAGCCUUCUCCCUUUGCGGAUGGCCAUUGGAGGGGAGCACUCUGCAUUUGUCAAACAUUACGCCCAGUACGGUCGCUCUACCGGUUCGAGUGACACAGAUCAAUGCCUCGUGCCUACAAAUUCGAGAUGCCAGCCUUGCGACAGAUCAGAGUUGUGCACUCCCCAGGUGCUUUGGUCACCACAACAUGCAGCUGCAUGGCAUAAAUAUGUUGUACGCGACUCACGCUUUGCUAAGGAUCCUAUCUCCUACAGAAACUUUGUUGAGCGUGCUACUUUGACAUUCAUUGACUCCACGGGCGCACCGUACCAGCGCUCUGCGGAGUCUCCCCUUCAUGAGUUGUGUGGCGAUGUCGGCUAUACGAAGCUGGGAGAGAUGUUCUUGGUGCCAGACUUGUCGGCAAGCCGCGAGUGGCGAGCCAAUGCAAUAAAUGAUCUCUAUGCUGCUCGACCAGAUUUUGAUGAGACGCAAUUCUCGGUUGACGACCUAAUCACUGUGGUGAUGCGAGCUGUACCAAACCACCGUGUCGAAGUUGUUCAUCCGCGACACCAUUUACCCUUCCCAGGGCCGAUGCCUCUUUGCAGUGUGCAGCAGGGUCUCAUGAAGGAAAAUAGAGCACGCGGGUUUUUUGGUCGUUUCGAAAGCGUCUUGCUCACGAUUCGUAUCGACACAGCGCAGAGCCAGGCCGAGAUGCAACAGGGAGUUAGCGACGAGACCACGAAGCACGAACGAAUACACGACGAUGUAGUGCCAGCACAAGCAUCUGACCGCACAUCUGCAAGCGCUGCUGAAAGGUUAAGCAUGACAAAUACUCUCCGUCACCGCGCAAUGGCAGCAAUUUAA